ACCACCACCGCUUUCUUUGCUCUUACAAACACCUCUUCACUUCUUCUUUCUCUCUCUCGCCCUCUCUUCUUCCUUUUAUCUAUCUAUCCAUCUAUUUUUCUGCUUGUUUUUUCAACAAUACUACACUCUUUCUGCAUUUCAUCAGAUGGUGACCACUAUACAAAAUGGAAGAGGAAUAAGUAUGACUGCUGCUGAAACACAAGCUAGUUGAUGAUUCUAUGCAAUGGAAAACGGGCAGAGUAUGAACGAUGCGGGUGCACAUGAUAGUUUAAUGAUGACCACCCUUGAUCGAAGAGACCAUAACAAAGGCCGUAAUGACAUUAUGGCUCGUCGGCUGAAGAACCGAGAACGGCAGCGUAGAUAUAGGGCCCGGAAACGCCUUGAAGCAGACUUAAAGAAGACUACUGUUAUAAAUCAGCCACUGACACCUCAAGUUGACCUGCAACUAAAUGCAAGUCUUAGCAAUUGCGUAGACCGUGUUUACUGUAAACGAAAUUGGAAAAAGGAUGCGAGAAGGGCUUCUAUAAUUAAGGGUGAAGAAGAUACAAUUAAUGGUUCUGUUAAACCUGCUUUUAACUACACUACUGAUAGCCAGACACUUUUGCCCCCUGGAAAUAAGGCAGAAACGCCACUAGAAAAUAAAUUUGUUUCUUCUCUGGGCUUGGUUAAUAUUGAAACGAAUAAAACAAAGCUGCGGCGUAGAGAUUGGAAAGCAGAGGCUAGAAAUAAGAAAAGCUAAUGUGGUUAAUGCCCCAAGAUGUUUUCUAAUGAACAAUGUAUAUAGAAAUUGAGUGUCUGCUGACACCUGACUGCAUGGCUAAUAGAACUUACACUGUCGCGGUAAGUUAGUUUGUCAUGGUUGAAGAACCUCUUUUGUCAUGUUUCUGGUAAUGUUUACAGUUUUUU